AUGGCAAAGGGUGAAAGUUUAUUCAAGGCUCCGUCAUCAGUGGAACUGAUGACGAGAAACCUUGGCCAGUUUUGUGAAGAAAUCACUUUGGAUUUCUUCACACUAGUUUUCGAUUUCAUGGACUCCUCGUCGGAAGACAAGAAGUCCGAAACUUCGAUGAGCUUCACAAAUGUUCUGCUAGUGUUGGUGGUGGCGUUUGCAGUGUUCCAACAGUCGAACACCUGGCUUGUAACAGUUACUCGACGAGACUGGAACAGGAUAAAGGAUACGGUGUCCAGGGUGGCAGCAAGCAUUGUGGCCCAUCCUCCACAUCCACUUGGAAAACGAGAUGUCUCGGACUAUGACACCAACAAGAACGGAGUCCUCGACCUAGACGAACUGGAGAAAGUCAUGAGUACUCGUGAUGCUGAGGAUUUUCUGCAAUUUGCUGAUGAUAACGGAGACUCUGAGGUCACCGUGGAAGAGUUUAAGCGAGUCGUCAAGGAACUGAACGAACUGGAAUGAGAAGAUCAUCAUCAAAGAAGACCUAUAGCUAUAGAGAGAUCUGAUCAGACGUCGACAUAAAUAAAAUAAAAAGUGAAUAUGCAG